UAGUCAUCUAUUAUCGCGGCAUCCAUAACAAGAGUGUCGUAACCUCACAUACGAUUCUUUCUCUACAUCACAGUCAACAUAAUUUGGCUCUAAAACUCCGGAUAUCUCAUUAUGUCGUUGGACGAAAGAUUUAAUGAUGCGGCUACAGUGGUAAAGAAAUUGGCUGCGCAACCAGAAGAUGAAGAUUUACUCGAAUUAUAUGCAUUGUACAAGCAAUCUACCAUUGGCGACUGUAAUACAGAGAGACCGGGUAUGUUGGAUUUCAAAGGAAAAGCUAAAUGGGAUGCUUGGAACGGUAAAAAAAGUAUGGGACAAGAAACGGCGAAAGAGCAAUACAUCACUAAAGUGGAAGCAUUAAUCGCUUCGAUCGGAAAGAAGUAGUGGGUUUUCACAUUAUCAAGCGUAUACGUACACAUGAAUAUUCGAACACUUGUGAUUUCAUUCGAUCAAUUAUAAAACUUAUUCACUAUUGAAGAAACACCCAAAAUUUUACAAGCACAUAUGCAAAUGAUCAGUAUAGAUAUAGUAAAUACCGAUUUUAUUUAAUUCCACUGAUUUAUAUGAAUUUUGUAUCCAAUGAUUAUUGCAAUUAGCAUAAAACUAUUUGUCGCAUAUAUCUGUCGUAAUUGAUUUCCUUUUAUAAAAUAAUAAUUUGAUCUCUGCCGUUUACAGUAGUCCCAUACUGAAAUUUCACAAUUUGCUUUAUAUUCAAGAUAAUUAGUGUAUAUUAAUAAUGUAUUUCUAUAACAUCUUUUUUCUUAUUAUAUACACAUGUGUAAAUAGCUAUAAUCGAAGGAAAUAUGAUCAAAAACGAUUUUUCUAACAAUUUCUCAACGGUGCACAUUUAGCGCGUAUUUAGCUAAAACUUAAAUCAGUAAAUAACGCUAGAGCCAACGACAAUAAAAAUACACAGCAAUAAAAAUAAAUUAUGCUAUAAAU